AUGGCCAGCAUUGCAGACUCUGACUCGACGGCCGUCAUGUCCGAGGGAGGCGCCAUCGAGUGGGAUCGCGUACGAGGGAUCCGUGACACCACGCGGGCCCUCCUCGAAGCCGAGUCGCCGUAUAUUGCCAUUCCCGCAGCCGCCCAAGUCCUCCAGAUCGGACCACGCAGCCUGAUCGUGCGGGUGAGAUGGCAGUGGGCGCUCCGCGAUCCCACUCGGGAGGAAGUCGGGGGGUUGGUCAGCACGCUGUGCGGACAAUUCGCCCUGUUGCGGGCCCAGCGUCCCACGGCGGAGCCCUUCCAUGGCUUCAUCCAGAUUGGGUCCGUCGUCGUCCUCUACACGGAGGUGCGGUUCAUCCCUGCCCCGUGUCAGGGGGCGAUGUGUAUGCCCGGGGAAACGCUCUCGGGCCAGACCCGGAGCUAUCAUGUCGAGGAGGAUAGCCCAAUCCUGCAGCACUGGCUCAAAAAUGAGGUAAUGCGCGGCGCUCCAAGCCAUCAGGAGUUGCUGGCUUGGGGAAUCCCUGACUAUGGACGGGUCUUUCGGAAUGCGUAG